AUGAUGGUGUUAGUUGGAUCUGCAGGGGUUCUCACUUUCUGCAACCUUUUGUUCCAAUAUCUCAGUUCCCCUCUCAAACACAUCCCGGGGCCAUGGCACACCCGAUUCACUAGGCUAAGAUUAAAGCUGAGUCGGUUGGGCGGAACCCGCAUGACCUACGUACACCAACUCCACCAAAAGUAUGGAAACAUUGUCAGAAUCGCACCAAAUGAAGUAUCAUGCAUCGAUAUCCAGUCAGUUUCCCAAGUCUAUAAGAUAAGCGGUGGCUUUGAAAAGGCGCAAUGGACUGGCGACUACACAAAGAAGCUUCCAGCUCUAUCCCUGUCCAUGAUUCUGAACAGCGAAGAGGCAAAGCAGCGGCGAAGACUUCUGCAAGGCUCUUUCACUCUGUCAUCGCUGCGCAAAAAUUGGGAGUCGACUAUCAGGAAUAAGAUUGAGAUUGCAGUCACGAGGAUUAAGACGGAGGCUUUGGCGGGCUCGUCAAACUCUCAUAAGUGGUGGACGUUUAUGGCUGCUGAUAUUAUCAGUCAGCUCUCGUUUGGGCAAUCCUUGGGGCUGCUGGAAUCUGGAAAGAGCACAAUUUAUAUGCGUGCUAUUGAAAAUGCUCUGAUAGCGGACGUUAUUCAGUGCGAGAUACCUUUACUCGCUUCUCUAUCUCAGCUCAUACCCAGAUCACUACUCCAGACUUUCUCUCGACAGCUUGAGCAGGUCAGAGUCGGUGGUGCUGACGGAGUAAAGAGCUUGAAACAGAAAGGGUCAUCGUCAACUCCAAGUAUAUUCAAGGUGAUGAUUACAGAAUGCGAGAUGGAAAGACUCUCUUGGUUGACUACGGAAGCCGUCAGCAUGGAGGGUGCAGGUAUGAUGGUCGCAGGAACAGACACAACCGCGGCUGUCCUGACGUAUCUCGUCUGGUCGGUGUUGAGACAGCCAGAUUUGCAGAAACGGCUUGAGGAUGAGAUCGCGCCUCUAGGCGAUGACUUUGACGAUAAGCGGCUUGAGUCAUGCCCUACUCUAAGUGCUAUCAUAGAGGAGACUUUGCGCUUGUAUCCCGCUGUUCUCUCAUCUCUGCCUCGGCUUGUUCCUGAAGGGGGCACUACUCUCUCAUCGCACUUUGUGCCCGCAAAUACUAUCAUCUACAGCCCGGCGUACAGCUUGCAGCGCAACUCUGAAAUUUUUCAGGAUCCUCAUCAAUUUGAUGUUGAUAGGUAUCUUGACCCGACCAAAGUCUCCCUCCGGCAGAGACAGGCAUACAUCCCAUUGGGAGCUGGAGCCAGAGUCUGCAUUGGUCAAUACCUGGCAAUGAUGGAGCUCCGGCUUGCCACUGCCGUGUUUUUCAAAAGCUGUCAUGGGGCGAAAUUAGACCCCAACAUGCCAGCUGACAGUAUGCAAAUGAUGGAUUACGUUCUUCUCUCGCCAAAGAGGAAGCGUUGCGAUAUUAUGUUGACCUAG